UCACCUCUCACCACUGCACAAGUCCUUGGACUGAAGUGGCCACCUCCUCCUCGGCUCCACCAUGCUUCCCAGGAUCCAGAGAAGCAUCUUCUAUCUCGGGGAGGAGGGUGGUGAUGGCCACCGUGGUGCUGAUGAUCACCAUGGAGAUAACAUUGUUGACAUCCAGCGGCGCCUCGGGGGGCACACCCACGGCCGCCGUGUGCGGCGAGGAGGGCGAGACGUCGUCGUCGGGCUGCAGAUCCUCGUCCAGCACCACCCGCAACCGUGUCAUGUCGUCCUCAAGCAGAUGGUCAGCUCGCCGCCGGCCCGCCGCCGCCUUUCUGGCAGCUUCUCGGGAGCCUGCUCCCUGUGCCGGAGGGAGCUCAGUCCCGACAAAGACGUGUACAUGUACAGGGGUGACCAGGGGUUCUGCAGCGAGGAGUGCCGGCGGCAGCAGAUCUUGUCGGACGAGGCCAGAGAGCACGAGGCCAUGGUCAGCAAGGAGCGUCGAGGUCUGGCUCACCGCCGUCACCACCCCGGGCCACGGCCGGCGCCGCCGGUGGCGAUCCGGGGCGCGCCGAGGAGAUUACUGGCGGUAGCCUAGCCUGAUUAUGCAUAAUAACGCAUGCACGAACUAUGACAUCCAUGAACAGAUCGAUCAAGAACCUAUGAUGCUGAAAAGUUAAUUACAAGUAAUCGAGGGGCAAAUCAAUACGCGUAUUUGCAUAUAUGGCGAGGUGAGGGUGAGAAUCUUGAGAUGGUAUGAAUAUGUUAGAGAGACGUUGAAGCAGGGUGCAUGUUUUUUCUUCAGGCUGGUUGGUUCAGAUCUGUAGUCAUGAUGCAAACAAGUGUAAUCUGCUCCUGGCCGCCUGUUAAUAUGUGCACAUCCGGUUAAUUCUAGAGGGAAGAAAGUAAAAAAUAAGAAUAAUUGGUACACGAAAAUUUGGUGGGAUGCUGCUGCAAGAUACUGUAUUUGUGAUCAAGUGUUAAACUCGUGGUGUAAUCCUGAACACAAGUUAGGCGUACGUGAAUCUCAAGGUGCUAGAAUUUGAUGCCAAGAGGAAGCAAGGGAUAAUAAAAUGAUGCUGUGGCAUCUAGCAGCUUGAUGGGGAGCACAAAUGGCACCAGAAUGGAAUCUUCUCUGGAGCUAGAAAACGACUAACAAAAUGAGAAGCAGCCAUAAGAUCGAAGAUCUGCAAAGAGGGAGCAGCCUAAAAGGCAGGGACCGGUUCAUUUAUUUAUUUCGUGGGGGGUCGACAGAGAUUUAUUAAUUGGGCAUCGUUCAAAUUACAGAAUUGCAUGCAUGUAAUUUUACAAAUGUUAGACCAAAGGCAGAGACCCAAGCUUUAUUAGAAAGCUAAGAUAAAGGAGUUGCAGACUUGUAUAGUAGGACCAUGUUUUACUUGAGAGUAUUUUGCAUGAUCUCUUA